AGCAGUUAAUCCAGGGCUAUUCUUCUGCUGAUAUUCUUUCAGCUGAGAAACAGAAGAAAAAAAUUUAAGUCCAACUGCAAUAAGCUAUCUCCUAGUUUUACAGCUUUCAAGCAGGACUCACGACAUACUCCAGAUUCUGGAACUGCAGAACUGGAAAUAAGUCAGGCUUCAAAAGACUACAAAACCCAGCAAUGCCUGCGUGAAUUGCCCGGAUGGCAAGUCCCAUAGUGCUUCGCCCCUUACUUUUUCCUACUCCAAACCCCAACAUGCAAAGCGAAGAGGAAGUUGUCAGAGGCGGUGGUUGUGCUUUUAAUUUGCCUGGCGCGCUGGAUAAUCCCGAGCAAGCAUCCCCUUCGAACGGGGGUUUGAAUCAAAGCCCGGCAGCAAGGGGGAGGCCCUCCCCGAGACCCCCCCUGAGGAGGACACCUACUGGAACCUGGAGAAAUUGCAAUGCACAUUUCAAAUCUCCUGUCCUGUUGCCGAGGGCCUGUCAAUCUGACACUGCUGACAGAGAAACCCUCCAGCAUGAAAUUGAAGAGCUGAAAUGCAAGGACCUUGCUCUGGACCAGGAAAUAGCACAGUUGGUGGCUGAAGGCUUCAGCCUGGAGGAAUUAGACAGACAUAUUGCUUUGCUGCAUGAAUACAAUGAGAUAAAAGACACUGGACAAAUGCUGUUGGGCAGACUGGCUGUAAUCAGAGGUGUCACCACAAAGGAGCUGUACCCUGAAUUUGACCUGGACCUUAACGACUAAAGAAGUGGAACGUGCCACUC